AUGGGGGUGACAGGUUAUUGCAUUACAUCACUUUUUUCUUUAUUCAUAACUGUUCAUAUUUACUUUCUUUCUUUCUUUCUUCAGAAUUGUUUAUACUUACUUUCUUCACUCUUGGUUCUUUCUUUCUUUCUUUCUUCAGAAUUGUUUUAUACUUUCUUCACUUUUCUUCUUUCUUUUGGUUCUUUUCUUUUUCUUUCUUUUCUUUCUUUCUUCAGAAUUGUUUAUACUUACUUUCUUUACUUUUGGUUCUUUCUUUCUUCAGAAUUGUUUAUACUUACUUUCUUCACUUUUGAUUCUUUCUUUCUUUCUUUCUUUCUUUCUUCAGAAUUUUCCUUCUUUCUUUUCCUCUUUCUUGUCUUCCUUCUUAUUAUUGUCAUUCUCUUUUUAAUCCCUUCUACCAUUUCUUCUAUUUUUCUUUCUCUUCUAUCCUUCUUACUUCCCACCUACCUUUUAGCAUUUCUUUCUCCUCCAUCUCUUCUUUUCUUUCCAUCAAACCCUUUCCUUCCAUUUUUUUGCUGUCACAUUCUCAGUCAUUUAUUUAUUUUCUUGGUUCCUAUUUUUUUUUUCAUUCAUUAA